CCCGAUUACCUGCCCCAAACUCCCUUUAAAUGCUUGCCAAACCCUCAAAAAAAUACGAGUGAUUUCGGAAGGAAUCUUAAUUUAUCAAAGCCCCACCACCUCUCAAUUACUUAUUCAUUAACUGCAUCUCAAUUCUCAUUUCUAUCAGUUUCUCCCACUACUACUACUACUACUACAACAUCAUCAACAACUCUGCACCAAGUCCCUACCGUUCUUUCACUGUUGAACUUUACUAGUACUACUACAAAGUCUAGUGCUACGAUCAGCUAAAGGUAAUCGUAUGCUGCUGGCUUCGUUUUAUGGCUUCCGACGAGAGAGAAACUCGUUUGCUUCCAUCUGAAUUAUUCCACCAAGAAGACCAUGAUGUUUCCUCCGAAGAUUACAGCAACAGCAGCAGCAAUAAUAAUAGUGGUGGUAUCCUGGUUUCACCAAAAGGGUUGCGUAGUUUGGAAUCAAAUUUCAGUUUUAGUGGAUCAGCGUGCUCGUCUUGGUCGGAAUUUAGCUCCCCGAUUAGUUCGGAGUUGGGGUCGACGUCCGAGAGUAAUGAAAGUGAAGAAGAUGAUCAGGAAUUGUUCAUUUCUGAGUUGACUCGUCAGAUGGCAGAGUACAUGCUCCAGGAUGAUGAUGACGACGACGACGACAAUCAUAAUAAUAAUAAUAAUAACAAUCAAGAUCAUGAAAGUUCAGUUUUCAAUUACGUCCCCGAAAACCCUGAGAUACCGAAGGCAAUUGAUCAUACAAGUACAGCUGCUGACUGGUCCAAGUUGAAGUCCGGCUCUGUUUGUUACUACAACAGUCAGGGAUUCGUGAACAAAUCUGAGAAUCCCACUUCAGACCCUGCAAGUGCUAAGAACCUGAAUACAGGGAUUCACCCAGACGACGAUUCAACUGAUGAACAGUUCCCACCAGUCCAACACAAGGCAAGGCACAAGGAACAACAGAGCAUGCAGAACAAAGGCAAGGCAAAGAGAUACGGCCAUACCAAAAAGCCUAGUGUUCCUCUAUUCCCUGCGCCACCAGCAGCUGGAUCGGGUAUGAGGGCAAUUUUUCUUGGAGGAUCCGAACGAAACGGGUCUUCUGGCACAGGUGUAUUCUUGCCGAGUGCAACUUACAGCACACCCGAACCCAAAAGAAAAUCCGGUUGCUCGACGGUUCUAAUACCGGCGAGGGUGCUACAGGCGCUGCAACAGCACUUUAACACGGUGGGUGCGCUGUCACCCUCAAAUGCUGCCUCCUCUGCUACUGCUAAUCUCCCUUGGCAAAAUGAGGUAUUGGCAAGAAUAAAUGGUUUGCUAUCACAGCGAAAGGAACAUGCAGAAUUCCAGACUCGGCCGGCAGCGGCAGAGGCAGAGGCAGAGGCCGAAACCAACCACCUACAGGAGGAUGUGCAGUUACCUCAAGAGUGGACGUAUUAAAUGAUGAUCGUCCCACACCUGCGUCUUGGGCGGGCUGGAAGGUGUCAAGAGAUUGUUGAUGAAGACAAAAUAAGUUAUUGCAAAUAAAAUAAAAGAAAGGGUUUGGACUUUCUUGGUUUAAAUAAAUGAUAUACCAAGAAUCUGCAGGACGCCUUAAUAAUACGAGUAGCAGUAGUAGUAGUAUUAGCUAUUGAGCUGAAAACUGUGUCGCUUUCAGCACUUGCCCUCUGCUAAAAGGUGGUGGAUGCCGGGCGGGAUUGUCAAAAUUGGUUGACGGAAUAAUAAGGAAUCAAUAAUAUAUUUGUUUGUAUUAUAGAAACGAAUAAUUGAGAUGGGAGUGCGUUUGUAGGUUUGCUGGCUAAGCGCAGUAAUGUGAUUGGAUAGGAGGGUGACUCUUUGUUGAAUUCCUGUGUAAAAAAGAACUAGCUGUCCUUAUGCUAUAGGAAGAUGGUCCCGUGAAUAUUCAGAAAGAGAAACUACUAUGGUUGGUUCACUACGUUAUUAUUAUGUUGAUCCCUUGCAUCAA